AAAAAUAAUUAUAACUUAAAUUUGAUAAAAAUAUGAAGUGUAUAAUUUUUGUUAAUAUUUAUUCAGUUUUUUCACUCUCUUGAACAAUUGGUGAAAUGUAGAUAUGUGGUAUUGUCAUUAGUGUAACGACAUGGAUUCGUCCAUAGAUAAUAGAAGAAUGGAUAGGCCAUAGAUAAUAGAAGAAUGGAUAGGCCAAUCAUAUAUUAACAAUACAAGGGUCGCGGUCCGGAAUGUGGAUGAGAGAUAGACUGCUUUUAUAUAGUGCACUCACUUUAGCAAGGGGUUUUAUCAUUAGUUUUAUUUCAUAAUGAUAAUAGAAGAUAUCUAUGAUGAUAACAAAUAUUUUUAUUGUUAACGCAUUUUAUUUUAAAAUUAUUUAACAUUUUUACAAAUUGAAGUAUUCCCGAUUCUGUACGAAUUAUCAUUUGUCUUCAAGCUAUGGUUCAUACUUGCAUUGUUUGUCAUGUAUCCUCUAAAGAUAAUACAGGCAACGUAUCAUUUCAUUUAUUUCCGAAAAAUAAAGUAAAGAGGCUUAAAUGGUGUGAUGCCUUGGGUUUAUCAAUGGCUACACCUAACCAAUCAGUAUGUAGUAAUCAUUUUGGUCAAGACUGCUAUAAUUUUAGUCUUAAUAGAAAGAUACUUAAACCAUUUGCUGUUCCAUCACUUUUAUUUGAAAGUAUACCAGAACUAGAUCUAUCAAUGAUAUCGCCCAUUCCUUCUACAUCUAGAACUAUGCAUAAACACUCUGAGUCCAAAUGAUUAUUUAUAUUCAACUCCUAAGAAAAAAACAAAAGAAGAUUCAUCCCAUGAGCGUUUUCCAAAUAUGUAUCUUAAGAAAAAGAAAGUAUAUAACACUAGUCGAAUUGGCAAUCUUACUUCUUUUGAUUUUGGAACUCCAAGACGGUCAUCAAGAAAUUUAAAA